AUGGAAAACGGUGUCAACCCGUAUGAGGUUAUCCUUCAAGAUUUGGAGAGGCCGAGGUUAUCUCCUGCCUCGAGUAGAGGGAAGUUUCAUAAAGUUCCACCAAUUUUACGAGAUGAGAAUAAGGACCACUAUUACGAUCCAAAGGUUGUCUCUAUUGGGCCUUAUCAUCAUGGAAACCUGAAGUUUCAAUUUGUGGAGGAAUACAAAUAUAAAGCGAUGCAAUUCUUGGUUUCUGAGUACACAAAUCGGGACAUAACUCCAUAUUAUAAGAUAUUCCUCGAUGUGAUCGGCGAUAUCAGAGAGAGUUAUGUUGAAGGUUCUACAGACCAUUAUAGUGAUGCUGAGUUAGCUCGCAUUAUGUUCCUCGAUACGUGUUUCCUUUUGAACUUUAUGGAGACCGUUACACACAACACUGAAAAUUCUUUCAUGAUGGAAAAUCUUGGUCUGGUAACUUUCACUCGGAUUUACAGUGAUGUACUGUUACUUGAGAACCAAAUUCCACUCUGGAUUCUCAAGAGGUUGGCCACCUCGAUGUAUGGCAAUAUUGGUGAUGCAGCAAAUAUUCAAGGCGAAAAAUCCUGGAAGGAAUUGCUAGGGAUGAGAGACGAGCAAUGUCUUGAUCUUCUUGAACUAUAUCGGACUCUGAUUAUCUCUGAAUGCAACACUGAACCGGUUCGACCAACAGACCAAUUCCUAUCAACCUUCCCAAAGUGUUUCAGACUUUUCAAAAAACAAAGAAGAAAUAGUAAUUUGGAAGGGAAUGAUUUUUUCCACUCGUUUCGUUCAGUUAGAGACCUAAAAUCAAAAUGCAUUUCAUUUAAGCCAAGUAGCCUAAAAACUCUCAGAGGAAUCAAAUUCAAAUCUUACUACUUGUUUGGGCAGCUCAAUCUUCCUUCUUUUCGUAUCAGCACCGGUGCCAUGGCAAGGUACGCAAACAUGAUAGCUUACGAGAUGAGCCCUGGCACAAAAUCUAGCUAUGAGAUAACAAGUUACGUGAACUUUAUGAAAUCGCUGGUAAUAAGCGCUGAGGAUGUAAAAGAAUUACGAGAGAAAAAGAUACUUUUCAACACAAUAGGAACAGAUGAGGAAGCCGUUAAAGCGUUGCAAGAGAUUCCCGCUGGUAUGGUGUAUUCGUAUGGUAACCUUCUGGAUAUUAGAGAGAAAAUUCAACAGCAUAUUGGCAGCAAAAAAAUACUUCUGGCAGAGUUGUAUUGGACUUAUUUACGUAGUCCAUGGUCAUUUACCGGUUUGCUUGUAGCAACUGCACUACUUGGCUUAACUGUUGUCCAAACCUAUUUUACCAUAUAUCCUAGGAAGUAA